AUGGGGCUAUUUAUGGACUUCAAAACCCAAUCAAAAGCACCCUCUGUCGCUAUUUCAAUCCUUAAACCUGGGGGCUUGAUUGGAACACUGUUGGAACCAACAGGGGGAAACAGGUUAGAACAUAGAGAAAAAGUUGAGGGAGAAGCGGAGAUUAAUCACAAAUCUACUUCCUUAAUUCAUUACAAAAAUG